GAACUCAUCCCUGAAAUCCGUCCUCAAUAAACUUUUUGCCUGCCACCUCUAUUACUCUUCUCCACCUCCAUCCUCCAAAGGAUUGAGAAAAUUAUUCGAAGCAAAGAGAGAGAUGUUGCAGAGUAUAUUUCUACUUUCAGAUUCUGGAGCGGUAAUGCUAGAGAAACAGUUAACUGGGCAUAGAAUAGAUAGAUCCAUUUGUGCUUGGUUUUGGGAUCAAAUUGUUUCUCAAGGUGAUUCCUAUAAGCAACAACCGGUUAUUGCAUCACCAACACAUUACUUGUUCCAAAUUGUCCGGGAGGGGAUCACUUUUUUAGCGUGCACCCAAGUUGAAAUGCCACCUUUGAUGGGCAUUGAGUUCCUUUGCAGAGUAGCUGAUGUUCUCUCAGAUUAUCUAGAAGGGUUGAAUGAAGAUGUAAUCAAGGAUAACUUUGUCAUUGUGUAUGAGCUUUUGGAUGAGAUGAUAGACAAUGGCUUCCCCCUGACCACAGAACCUAACAUACUGAGGGAGAUGAUAGCUCCACCAAAUAUUGUGAGCAAAAUGCUGAGUGUUGUGACUGGUAACAGUUCAAAUGUGAGCGACACUCUUCCAGGUGCUACAGCAUCUUGUGUUCCAUGGAGAACGACAGACAUAAAAUAUGCCAACAAUGAGGUGUAUGUUGAUCUUGUUGAAGAAAUGGAUGCAAUUAUAAAUAGGGAUGGGGUCUUGGUGAAGUGUGAGGUUUAUGGUGAAGUUCAAGUAAACUCCCAUAUCACAGGGGUUCCUGACUUGACUCUAUCAUUUACAAACCCAUCUAUUAUGGAUGAUGUCAGAUUUCAUCCAUGUGUUCGGUUCCGGCCUUGGGAAUCCCAUCAUAUCCUAUCAUUUGUGCCUCCUGAUGGACUAUUUAAGCUCAUGAGUUACAGGGUUAAAAAGUUGAAAAGUACCCCAAUAUAUGUAAAGCCACAGAUUACAUCCGAUGAUGGGACAUGCCGCGUCAAUGUGAUGGUUGGUAUACGAAAUGACCCUGGAAAGAUGAUUGACUCAAUAACAGUGCAAUUUCAACUGCCUUCGUGUGUUUUGUCAGCUGAUCUGACUGCAAAUCAUGGAGCAGUGACCAUCUUCUCAAACAAGAUGUGCACUUGGUCAAUUGAUCGAAUACCAAAAGAUAGAGCCCCUGCAUUAUCUGGAACACUGAUGCUUGAGGCAGGAUUAAAGCGGCUUAACGUAUUUCCCACAUUUCAAGUGGGUUUUAGAAUCCAGGGUGUUGCCCCUCUCUGGCCUGCAAUUAGAUAAACUGGAUCUCAGGGUUGUACCAAGCCGUCUUUAUAAAGGGUUUCGAGCUUUCACAAGAUCAGGACUAUAUGAAGUUAGGUCAUAGAUUUUGUAUUGUAUCAAGAUUAAUUUCCAAUUUGUUAUGCUACUUGCCAUGAUUUUGUCAUUCUGUAUUAUAGCAUGGAUGCCAGUUGAUCAAUGCAGUUAAGAUCAUUUGGUAACCUGACAAGAUCGUUUGUUUUGCUGCUUGACAUGAUUUUGUGUUGUAUCAUAACAUUUUUAACAAAAUCAAUUAGAACUGUGAUCAAAUCAUUAACCACUGAA